AUUUAGACACUCAAAUGGGUAAAAAUAAGAAAAAGAACCUUCAGAGGAAAAAUUCAAACGAUAAUACUGGCUCUGAUGAUAAUACUGAGCACCAGAGCAAAGAGCUCAAGUCUAUACUCAAGAAAGGGGAUGAUGACCACUUUGAAGGUUUAAAGAACGAAAAUGUUGGAAUAAAGCAAAGAGUUGCCAAUAGUUAUGUGAAUAUCAAUAAUCAAAGCGAGCUUCAAAAUCCUAGCCCCUUCAUGGAACCAGAAGGUCUCAGACAAGAACAGCCAUCUAUAGCCAAAGAUUCAUGGAAACAGUCUGAAGUUUCAAGAUUUCCAAAGGAAGAAAAUAAAAUGGACCUCGAAGAUUCAGAGGAAGAAAAGAUAGAAACAACUCCUGAUGGAGGUCCAGAUUUUGAUGACCAUGAAUUUUAUGGGGAUUAUGAAACCCCUGACUCAAGAUAUGAAAUUCCCCAAGAGCCAGGGAUCACAAAAAUCAUAGUGGAACCAACAUCGACUCUUCAAGCAAUGAUCAACAAUCCGAAGGAAAAAAUUGACUUUGGAAAUCUGAAGUUUGACUGUACAAAGUGUCAAAGAGACGAUGCUACAGAUGGUAAUGAAACGGAUGCUUUCUGUAUCCAAUGAAAAAGUGCCUGUAAGAGACCUUUGCAACCCAUCGAGAGUAUAAUAGGAAAUGUAAACAAGGUCGAACUAAGCAAGUUGUCUUCUUCUAACUCUAGAUAGC